AUGGGAGAAAGAAAGGGGGGAGGGGAGCUCCAGAGGGGGGCGAGGGGAUGGGACAUGGAGAAAGGUGGAGGGGGGGCAUUGCCGGAAAUUCAUGCUAUCAGAAACAGGAGAACAUCUGCCGGUCCUGACGAAGGGUCUCGGCCUGAAACGUCGACUGCGCCUCUUCCUAUAGAUGCUGCCUGGCCUGCUGCGUUCACCAGCAACUUUGAUGUGUGUUGCUUGAACAUCUGCCGGUGCUGGAAAUCCCAGCAACACGCACACGCACAGUGCUGGAGGAACUCAGCAGGCCCGGCGGCGUGUGUUCCCGAGCGGUCUCCCUCUCCCUCGGGUCUCACCGAUAUACAGGAGGCCGCAGCGGACCCGGACACGGACAAUGAGCCCAACAGGGCCACAGUUUGUCUGCAGGGGUGGGAUGCCAGCCUCACUGACAGUGGGCCUCUGUCACUUCGAGUCGCCUGUGCUGCAUUGUGGAGCGCUGUCACACGACACUGCACAGAACACUACGGGAGGGUGGUGGACUUUGUGAACAUCGUCUGGCAACAGGCUUCAUACCUCAUCAGUUAUCGCCACUACAUCAAGCUCUGCAUCGCUUUCAAAGCCAAGAUGGUGAUGGAGAUGUUUGUAAAGCAAAGGAGCUUACUGGACAUCCUGCAAAUGCUGGACAAGUUCUUCCCCGAGCUGCUUCCGGCUGACCCCAGAGCGACCACGAGUGAUGUUCAGAGGGAGCAGCAGUGUCGGCUGCAGUUCCGCAAACUGGUCCUGCUGCUGAUCCGAGACGGGGAUUACAGGGAACGGUUCCUGCAGGAUGAGCUGGAGGAUGCGUACGGCACUUUGUUCAUGGUGGCGGCUCAGAACCUGCUGUGGGAGUUCCUUGAGAGGCUUGAGAAAGUCCUGCCGCCUCCCCGGCUUGAUCAGCUCCUUGCCUCGUGUGUGGACCGAGGCAGCCUCUCCCCGCAGGAGGAGUCCCUCGUUUCUCUGCUUACGGAUCCAGACAUUCUCCUGCAGCAGCCAUGGAUCUGCGAGAAGAGCGAUGGCGGUCAGGGCAGUGGUGACUUGGCGUCAGGAUCCUCUGGGAGCAGCACCAGGGGAGAGUGUGGGCUGAGAUGUGGACACCAUCCUGGCACAGAGCUGGUGACGGCAAACACUCAGGAGGGCGAAAGCUGCGUGUCAUCAAGGGAGCAGGCUUUGGAGGAGGAACAGACAGUGUCUGAGGCCAUUUUGGGACUGGCAUCCACGAAACCCCCUCCUACAGGGCACCUAUUCAGCAGGGGACCGACGGAGAGAGAUGGUGGGGGAGAGAAUUGUGGCAGAAGGCUGCAACCCAUGGUCUUUUCUGCCUUACACUUUGACCAGUUGUCUGACGAGGAAGUGGGAGGGUUCCUCUCAUUGACCCAGUCCCCUCCUGAUCCCCUGCAGUCUCAGCAAGGAAGGAGCCCAGCCGCAGCCUGCCCUCUGCCCCAGGACGACAGCGCUGAAGCAGGAGUCAGGAAAUCACAGGUCAUGGAAGGGACCCACCAGUGUGCACGAUCACCAAACCAGGGGCUGGAAAUCAAGUUGCUGGCCACAGCUCCCCUCUCACCGGAGGUCCAGGGCAGGCUGCUGCAGUAUUCCCAGUUCCAGCCCAGGGUCCUCCUCUUCAGACUGAGCUCUGGGCAGAAGGGACAGCCCACAGCAGCCGGGAGCCAAGGGCGACAGCGAGAGUGUCCCGUGGUUAGUGAGGACCACCACCAGCUGGGCAAGGUAGCCCCCACCCCUCCCUGGCGCUGGAACCUGCGAAAGAGGCCACGGCAGUGCCAGGCAGACUGUGCCAGCUGGACUGGGAGUAAACGGGUGGCGAUGGCUCCGGGCAGCCCGGACGGGGGACUGUUCUCAUCCAGUGAAGAGUCUUCGCUGUCUGACACCAGUGACGACGAGUAUUUCCCCUUCUGCAGCCAGCUAACUCCCUCUGGCCGCUGGGUUACCCACCCUGCCAGGAACGAGAUGGGGCAGUUUAUAGGGUACAAGUCCAAAGGAAUUAUCUGACUGCCAUACAUGCUGGCAAUGUGCUGAGCUGCGAACGCACACCCUGUUAGCAGGAACGGAGGGUUCCUAGUGUUCGAUUGCAGAAACAUCUCGGUGAACUGAGCUCGUAGAGUUGUGAAGGAGGCCACUUUCAGCUCAUCUGGCCAAGAUGGAUAUUGCCUUCCUUACUUCCCCACUUCCUGUUCCUUUCAGCUACUCAGUGCUCAUCCAGGAAUUGCUGGAGGUUCUGUCCGCUGUCCAAUUUGCAGCUUCACCCCUAGGUUAUGGAGACUCCUGCUGUUUACUUUAUCCAGGACAUUCAUGAGGUACCUCAUAGAAACAUAGAAAAUAGGUGCAGGAGUAGGCCAUUCGGCCCUUCGAGCCUGCACCGCCAUUUAUUAUGAUCAUGGCUGAUCAUCCAACUCAGAACCCAGCCUUCCCUCCAUACCCCCAACUCCAUACUCGGUCUCCCCUUGGCUAGGCACAGGUGUGUACCUUUGGAGAUGACGUGGUGGGAUGUGAAGAAACUCUCUCCAAAAGGAUUGCAGCAGCCAGACUCUCCCAAUAGAAGAUCGAAGCUCAAUACUGGCAUGGCUAAUGCAAAUACACAAGGUCACAUGAAAUCUCUGCCAGCUUCCUAUUCCACCCUCUACUUCCUACACAGCUCCCAGGCUACCCAACACAACUUCAAGGAAUUUGUCUGCAGUGAGGAAAUUGGGGAUUCUGUUGAAGACCCCUGGGUCCAUAUCUUGUAUGUGUUCUUGUUUUUCAUCUUGAACAACUAUCUUUCUAGUAAUGGUGACCCUGACAUCUUUAUUCCAUUGUGAUACUAAUACAUGUGACCUGUGUUUCUCCCUCUCAAAUUGCAGUAUGAAUUCAACUGUAUUAUGACCACUGUUUUCUCAGGGUUUCUUUACAUUAAGCUCCCUAAUAAUAUCUGGGUUAUUACACAACACAAUACCCAAUCUAAGAUGGCCUUUCCCUGUGUAGGCUCAAGCUACAAGCUGCUCUAAAAAAACAUCCUGUAUGCAGGCAACAAAUUCCCUCUCCGGCAAUCCAACACCAACCUAAUUUUCCCAAUCCCAUUGCAUAUUGAAGUCCCCCAUUACAAUUGUGUCAUUACAUGCCUUUUCCAGCUCCCUUUGCAAUCUCGAUCUCACCCCCACAUCUUGGCUACUGUCUGGAGGCUUGUAUGAUUCCUAUAAUGAUUUUUUUUACCCUAGCAGUGUGAGUGUCAAGGAGCAGGAGUGAGUGCCAGUGCUAUUACAAAGGAGGAAGUGCAUGGCAAACUCAAAGGUCCUAAGGUAGAUAAGUCACCUGGACCAGAUGGACUUCAUCCCAGAGUCCUGAGAGAGGUUGCUGAAGAGAUAACGGAUGCAUUGGUCAUGAUCUUUAAAAAAAAAAUCGCUUGGCAUAGUCCUGGAGAACUGGAAGAUUGCAAAUGUCACUCUACUCUUUAAGAAGGGAGGAAGGCAAAAGAAAGGAAAUUAUAGGCCAGUUAGCUUAACCUCAGUGGGUUGGGAAAGUGUUGGAGUCUAUUAUUAGGGAUGAGGUUUCAAGGUACUUGGAGAUUGAGGAUAAGUCAAAGUCAGUAUGGUUUCUCUGAAGGGAAACCUGGUCUGACAAAUCUGUUAGUAAUAAGCAGCGUGGACGAAGGAGAGGCAGUGGAUAUCACUCACUCAAAGCUGUUUGAUUAACAAGGUGAAACCCUAUGGCAUUACAGGAAAUAGGCUGCCAGGAUUGAAAUCUGAAUCUGAAUCCUUAGAGAAUGUGACAAAGCAGUGGAUGUGGUGUGUAUCGAUUUCAGUAAGGCAUUUAAUAAGGUUCCCUAUUAUACGCUCAUUCAGAAAGUCAGGAAGUUUGAGAGCCAGGUAAACCUGGCUGCAUGGCCCUACAAAAAUGCAGGUUCUCUCUCAAAUGUUGUACACGACACAAACAUUCCUCAAUAGUUCAAUGAGAAACAUUUAUUUACAGCGUCAGGUCAACACAUCCACACAGGCACAGUAGUCAUUUCAACAGGUUAUCCCUACAACACUCAGGUGAUGGCACUUAUACAAGUAACAGACUGGUGGCUGAGCGCCACGUGAUUCAGCAGGUCAAUCAUGGGCCAGUUUUUCAUCUUAGUUGGAAAGCAAGUUCCCAUUUGCCAUUCAAAACUCAUUCACUGGAACUGAACGAUUAGUCUGUAGCAAGUCAAGGAACAUUCAGUUUAGGCUGGCAUAUCAACAUUGAUCACAGACAUGACAACCAAUAAAUUAUCUCUCCCGCCCCCCCCCCCACCACACACACACACUCAUCAUCAAUCCAGGAGGUCUCAGAAUAUACUCUGGAGGGAGGGCGAGUAGUCAGAGAUCUUGGUGCCAUUGACGUGGCCAGAAAAAAUGGAUAAGGCCCUUUAGAGUGAACAUGAUUUUAUUUCUCAUCUUAAGAUUCAGUGAGAAAUAGGCAUAUCCACCCCCUCAAGUCAAGCUACCAGCAAUCCAUUAAUUUAACCAGAGCCUAAUUACAAGACAAAUUUCCAACAACCAAUUAACCUUCAUUGUGGGAGGAAACUGGAGCACGCAGAGGAAACCCAUACAGGUCACCAGGAAGACAUACAUUCUCCGCACAGAGGCUGCCAGAAUUGAAAUCCGAAAUCGGACACCCUGAGCUGUGAUAGUGUCAUGCUGACCUCUAUACCAUCCUGGCACUCUGUGUUGGGCAGAAGGUUCAAAACCAGGGCCUCAAGAGCUGUGAUCUCUGAUAGCUUCACUCAGAAGGUGGUGGGAGUAUGGAACAAGCUGCCAGGAGAAAUGGUGACUGUGGGUUCAAUGUCAAAAUUUGAGAAAUUUGGAUAGGUGCAUAGAUGGGAGGGAAAUGGAGAGCUACAGUCCAGGUACAGGUCAAAUGGCCAAGGCAAAUUAAUAGUUCAGCAUAGACUACUAGAUGGUUCAAAGGGCCUCUGUGCUGUAGUGUUUUAUGACUAUAAAACAGAAUUAGCUCCAAGUUUGAGGAAUGUUAAGCACCAAAGGAUAAAUCUGUGUAACAAAUACCAGCCAAUUCACUGAAAAGACAACUUCCUGCUAACUCCCAGUUAAGUAACUCGACCACCUCUUCUUCACCAUACAUUUGAGGAAGGAAGAUCCCACAAUUACCCUCAUCCAAUACCACUAAAGUCAUACCAGUUCCUGUAGAAACUGUCCAGAGUUCACAUUUUAAUGCAAACACAUUCUGUACCAGACUGUUUAAGGAAUGCGAUAGUCUGAGCCCAUCUUGUGUUGAUGGAGAAAACUUCCAUCAGAUCUAGCUGUAGCAAGGAACACAAUGGGCUUUUCCAUAAAAUCACAGGUUAAAACAUUGUGAAAACACAGGAAUCAGGGCCAGGAUAGACAGAAAACCAGGUUAUUGCUUAAAAGGGCUCAAAACAUUGACUGGAGCAGUUCUAGUUUGUUUUUAAAAAAAAGUCAUUCCAACACAAAGGGGCAUAGGAAUUUCACAUGGCAGGUGCUAACACUGAAAUCUCCCAAAACCACAGAGCAGGGCUCCAUAGGCAAGGCAUUGUGAAACACAUUACUGAGGCUGUGGGGCUCAGUACUAGAGGCUGUUACAGAAGGGAAUUUAACCUCUGCUCUCAAUAAAACAUGUGGGAGACCUGUGAUGUGUUCCAGUGCUGGCUCCUGCCACAUUUUAGCCCAUUCAUCCACACACAGUGAGGACUGCAGAGUGUUCCAAACUGCAGUUAGCCUGGUUCCUGUGGAACACACAGACCAAUGUCUUCUCCAUCUUUACAGCCCUUUCGACUUGGAAAGGGUUACUGGUGGCUCUGUAUCUCAAUGCUGCAUGUCAGGGAUAUUACUGGAGCUAGCAAUUGUGUCACUCUGCCAGCAGAGGGCAAGAAGUUCAGAGAUGUUGGCACAGCAACCAUGGCGACAGCAGCUCUGAAGGACGGCAGCUUAAGGUGCAGUUCCCCAAAGUUCUAUGUAUGACGAUGAAUUCAUCUCCCUU